AUGAAUGUCAUUUCUGAGCCAAGACACGCCAAGGCAAAAGCCAUUGAGGCCAUCGAAGAAUUUAGAACCUACAUUGAGAAAGGGAAGCUACCAGGGUGGGAAUUAGACUUGUGUGGAGAUUGCUGGGUAAGUGAAGGCUGCCUUGUGGACUUGAACGAUGAUCCGGCGCCCAUUGAUGCUCACAUGUACAGGGCUAAGGUUUGUGAUGAAGAAAAUGGGGAACAUGGGUGGGUACACAUUCGGCAAAGUAUUCACAACCCAGACAUUGCGGUGAAUUUGCAGUCAUCGGUUUCCGGUGGCUGCAAGAGCAUGAGCAGAGUUUUAGAAGACAGGUAUGCCUCUUUCCUUCCAUCUCCGGACACCUCCAAUUUUUUGGAACUGAUUCGUUUUCAUUUUCUUCAUUAA